AUGAGCAGUGCGCCUGUAAUCCAGUACGAGGUCUAUCGUGGAGAGCAAGACAUAGAAGAUGUAAUGCGUUUGAUCGAGAAGGAGUUAAGUGAGCCUUAUCAUAUCUACACCUACAGAUAUUUCCUUAGUACAUGGUACGCAUGCCUAGCUAACGACAGGCCACAGCUAAGUCUAUUAGCAUGGAAGGAGCUAGAAAAUGGUAAAAAAGAAGCCGUCGGUGUCAUUGUGUGCAAAUUAGACCGGCACCUGCGCGGCUCGCGGCUGUGGCGCGGCUAUAUCGCCAUGUUGAGUGUGGAGCCACAUUGUCGUGGUCAUGGUAUUGGUGCGUAA